AUGGCUCGCGGACCGAAGAAGCACUUGAAGCGGCUCGCCGCCCCAUCCCACUGGAUGCUGGACAAGAUCACGGGCCACUACGCCCCUCGCCCCUCCCCCGGGCCCCACAAGCUGCGGGAGUGUCUGCCGCUGGCGGUGCUGCUGCGGAACCGACUGAAGUACGCGUUGAGUUACCGCGAGACGAAACUGAUCGUCGCGCAGCGGCUGGUGCGCGUCGACGGCAAAGUCCGCACGGACCAGUGCUACCCCGCGGGCUUCAUGGACGUCAUUUCUUUGGAGAAGACGCAGCAGCACUUCAGACUUCUGCUCGACACUAAAGGCAGGUUUGUCCCGAGGCCUGUCAGUUCUCAAGAGGUGAGGCAUUAG